AUGACUACAGUGACAGGGUCUAAAUUUUCAACGGUGUCUAGUGAAAAAAAUGAACGCCGAUGCAUGAGUAGCGUUAUUAGAUUGUAUCCUUUGACUAAUUACUCUGUACAAAACAAUGAUUAUGAGGAUCCUCCACAAAUAUUCGAUUAUAAGCAAUCUUUGAAACUGCGACAACAAUAUGAAAAUAAUGGUAUGAUUCGCACGGUGCAAGGUGUUCUACUAGGUCAUCAAAAUUCCAUCAUUCACGUGUUGCUCUUAAAAAAUGGAGUUGGUCAGAUACAGUCGUCGAAGUUGCCUGAGGUGACACUGUAUAACAGUGAAGAUGAAAUCGAUGGAAUGAAACGACUGAUGGCUGAGGUUAUGGGAUUUAAAGAUACUGCAGAAGCAGUUUGCCAAAUACAACAUGUUGCCGCAAAAUGGUGGCGUCCCAAUUUUGAAGAAUCCAUUUAUCCUUAUAUUCCUUCACAUAUCACUAAACCAAAAGAGAUGAUAAAAGUAUUCGUCGUGGAGCUUCCUAAGCAAACAACAUUCACAAUUGCGAAAAACAACGCAUUGAUAGCAGCUCCUGUUUUUGAAAUUUACAAUAAUAUAAGUAAUUAUGGACAUAUUAUUGCAAGUCUGCCACAUGUUCUUGGCCGAUUUAACUACCUCUACUAUCCCUGA